AUGCGCAAAUUUCCACCACGCAUAACCUGAGUUUUGGAACCUUGUGGCACGUGAUAAUCCGAUUUCCUGGAGACGGAAAUCCAUAAAAGGGAGUAAAAAGAAAAAGAAAACUGUCUUGCAUUUUGUAAAGAUGGAUUCGAAGAACGGACCGAUCGACAAUGCAUGGUCGUUAAAAAUUCCAGAGUUUAAAGAGAAAGACAAUCCACAUCGUCUUCUCGAAGAGAGUUCAUUUGCAACCAUGUUCCCGAAAUAUCGGGAGCAGUAUUUGAAGGAGCACUGGGCAUUGGUUCAAAAAGCACUGGCCGAGCAUCAUGUCAAGGCUGAGCUGGAUCUCGUCGAAGGUAGUAUGACAGUGAAAACCACUAGGAAAACGUGGGAUCCAUAUAUUAUCGUCAAAGCACGCGACAUGAUCAAGCUCAUGGCUCGUUCUGUACCCUUUGAACAGGCGGUGAGAGUCCUCCAGGAUGACAUUGCUGCAGAUGUCAUAAAGAUAUCCUCGCUUGUCAGGAAUAAGGCUAAGUUUGUCAAAAGGAGACAAAGACUCAUUGGACCAAAUGGAUGCAAUCUGAAAUCCAUUGAACUGCUCACCAAUUGUUAUGUCGUAGUCCAGGGUCAAACUGUAUCGGCACUGGGGCCUUACAAGGGCCUACAGCAAGUGAGAAAAGUAGUAGAGGAUACAAUGAGGAAUAUUCAUCCAGUUUAUAGUCUGAAAGCAUUGAUGCUCAAGAGAGAACUUGCCAAGAAUCCAAAGUUGAAGAAUGAAAAUUGGGAGCAAUAUCUUCCAAAGUAUAACAGUAAGAAUAUAAGUAAGCGCAAAGAACCGAAAAAGAAGAAGGUGAAGAAACCGUACACACCAUUCCCUCCACCUCAACAAGAAAGCAAAAUCGAUAAGGAGAUGGCAUCUGGCGAAUACUUCUUGAAGGAGGAACAGAAGAGGGCAAAGAGAAGAAAGGAAUACCAAGCGAAACACGAAGAGGCAGCCAAGAGAAGAGAAGAACGUAGAGCACAAGCAUUUAUACCACCUGAAGAGAAGCCUAUUCAAAAAUAAAACUAAAAUAAUUGUGAGACAUUUCUUUAGUGAUAUUUUUUCAAUGAUACGAUAGAGGUGUGAGUUAUAACGUAAUAUGAAAUAAGUAAGUAAUUUGAAAAAUGAAUUUUGUUACACAAAUAUAAAUUUACGGAAAUAU